UGGUGAGAAAGAUAUUUGACGGGCCACAUGGACCGGGUUACAUCUCACCUUCUGCGUCCGCUUUUAGCGCAUUUUAUAACACGACACGUUGCGUCAGCGAGCUACACAGACCUGGAUGUGUCACAUAUCGGUCUCGGCGGUGUUUUAGAGUUUUAUUGAGGUAUUUAAGGGCCUCUCGCCGCCGAACAAGGGGCUCUUUGAUGCUUUUCUGUCGGUUCGCGGCCAUCACUUUCUCCUUGGAAACGCACUAACGCAAUAAUCGGCUUAAUCGGCGAAUAAUAAAGCGCUUCGGGGAUAUAGUUGAGAUCUUGAUCUGAUCCAUCUUACAGGUGUUGAUGCUUUUGCCUUCUCACAACCAUUUUCAUUGCAAUUAAAUGUGCAUGUGGAGCUGAUGAAACAUCCACCUCCUGGAUCAUUUCAUUAUUCUUGCUCUGAAGACAGAUUUGAAGUUAAUGUUUCGCCAAGAGGUCGGUGUCCUAUCCUUCAUUCCGUCUUGUUCGUACCUUUUCCAAUACGAGAAGAGGAACAUGUCUCGAUAUAACAUCUACAGUCUACUGGACUGGAUCUAUGGAGGGGUGGACCCCAAGUUUGAAGGUAACGGAGGGCCCGAGUGCGCCGGCUUCAUCUCCCCCCAGCAGAGAAUAGUCGAGACACUGAUCGUCACAGCCAUCUCUGUGCUGGAGCUGGUGGUGGCUCUCAAGAAAGUCAGUGUGCCUAAAGAGGUCCAGGAUGUGGGCAAGGAUGGACGCAGGACUAAGGAGGACAGCUGGGGCAAGAACUUGUUGCUUGUGCUGCUGUGCAUGACGUUUGGGGUGGAGGUCGGGUUCAAGUUUGCCACAAAGACUGUGAUCUACCUCCUCAACCCAUGCCAUGUGGUCACAAUGGUUCAAAUUUUCCUGCUUGCAUGCCCUCCCUGCAAAACCGCCAUGGUCAUCUUUAGAGCAUGCUGGCUGAUAGAUGAGCAGAACAUAUAUGAAAGAUAUGUCAGUGCUCCACAGGAAGAAAACGCUGGAUUUGUGCAAAUUUGGCUUCAAGUCCACAUGCUGAAUGGAGCCCUUCUAGCCCUCCUCUUCCCAGUGGUCAACACCAGACUGCUUCCUUUUGAGAAGGAGAUCUACUACAUUCAACACUCCAUGCUGUAUCUCGUGCCAAUCUACCUCUUCAGAAAAGGAGGUGUGUAUAAGCCGGAGCCUCUGAGUGACAUGUGGUGGGCGCUGCUAUCCACCGGCAUCCUCUUCCUCUAUCACUUCAUCUUCCUCCAGGGCCUUGGAAUGUUGACGGAAGUGAAUCUGAACAACAUGCUGUGUCCAGCUGUCUCGGACCCCUUCUACGGACCAUGGUACAGAGUGUGGGCGACGGGCCACCAGACCGCCCUGACAUUAGUGCACGGCAAGGCCUUGACCAUCCUCUCACAACACACCGCUCCAGCGGGCCGGCAUCUACUGGACAUAGCACGUCUACGUAACAAGAAGUUGGACUAAUAUUGUUUUAUCUGCAGUCUUACACGGACAAAAUCAGACACUCCUGUAACUGGAUUUGUACGGCAUCCUAUACAUACUAAACUUUUUUUAUUUUGUUUGUUGCUGGUUGUAACAACUUUCAGUCCAAGCAAACAGUCGCACAUGCAUUUUCAAAGUUGGGUAACCAGUUGGAAGACUGUUUUUGCACUGUAACAGCAGGCAACAGUUGGACUCGAGCAACACAAACCUUAGACUUGCCUUGUUCUUUUUAGUUCAGAGGUUUUGCAAAAUGAAGAUUCAGUGAACUCGGAACAGACGUAAUCUUUCUUCUCAAGUUGCCUUUCUUCAAUUACACUCAUCUAACAGGCAUGGGGCCAACCCAGUUUCCAUUUACAUUGCUUUUCGCUUAGUAGCUGUUGCGUUGUCAUCGACACUAUUUCCUCAAGCUUUGCUUGCUGGCUCUCAGAUGAAUUGUGUUCAUCUCAAAAUGACAUUUUGUGAAUAUUGUCAACCUUUUGUGUGUAGUGAUGCUGUAUGUUCGGGAGAUUUUGCAGUCUAUUUCUUCGUGAUGCCUGUGUGUAAAUCGUCUCAACUCCAAAUGACCAAGCCGAGGCCAUUAUCUUUGUUCACACCCACAAUAUCAAACAACAAUUUCUGUUGGCUGAAGGUGACUUUGAUUCGAUUCUUUAAGUGGCCACACACUUGAUGCUGAUGGCCAGUAGAUAGCCAGUAUGAUCAUUUUUAAUUUUAGUUUUUAGUUUUCAGUCUUUUAAUUUUUCAAACUGAUUGCUACUCUUUAGAUUUUCCUUAUAAGGGAAGUUGCAAAGAUUCAAGCUUAUAUCCGCCUCAGUAAAUGCAAUGUUUUACAGUCAAAAGUUUUAGCUGCACACAACAGGUGUUCAAUUCAAUGCAUAUUCAAUGGUGCCAGUGAGACACUUACAAUGGAAGUGAAUGGGGCCAAUCAGUAAAGGUUAAAAUACAUGCAUUAAUUCUUCUGUUAAAACAUGUAUUAAAUGCUUUUAAGCUUCACAUUUCUGCCUUUUAAACCUCCAAACAUUGGCCCCCUUCACUUCCAUUGUAAGUGCCUCACUGUAACUUAGAUUUUUGCUGCUUCUUUUUUUUAAAGGAGGGACGAGUCAGAAUAAUUUUUUUGUGGUAAUCGCCAUAAAUGCUGUCGAUUGAGCUCAACUUGAAUUGAACACUGAAUAUUCCUUUAUUUAUGACUUGAAGUGUUCUUUGUUUCAUUUGUACUUGUUGGCAUUAUUGCCUUCACCUUAUAUCAUCUAAGGAAAAUAUCAAGGUAAAAAGAGCAGCAGUUUAAUAGAAAGUUUAAUACUAUGUAAACAAAUCACAGAAUCCAUAAAAGGUCCCUUUCUGCAAGUUUCCACCUAAAAUGCCCUGCACUUUAAGGAAUGCCAUUUUUGGGUUAUUUUGAGCAGAAUGACAGCCUCAAAUAUUUUUAGUUGAACUUCCUCUAAAGUGUAUUACACUGCUGUCAAGAGCUCAAGCCCAGAAAUUCCAUGAAUUUCCAGAUUUGAACAGUUUGUAGCUGUUGGGUUUGUGCUGAUACAUGUUGAAUGAAGUCUGUGAAAUGAGAGUGAUCCCACUAUAUAAAUGUAUAUGUCUUGACUGAAAGGGAAUACAAUGACGAUUAGUCUUUUUGUACAUGAGUUUUUGUGAAAUGUUACAUAUUAAAAAUCUUCUCCACAA